GAGUCGGGACGGGAAAAUGCAGUAAAAAUAGAGCUGAGCAGAAAGCUCGGCAGCACUGACGGGAGCUGGAGCGAGAAGGAGGGGGAGGGACGUCCGAGGAUUACCGGCUGGAAAGGGGAGAGUGACGGCGCUAUGAGGACAGGGCUCCGUCCUCGCACUGCCAGCUGACCUCCUGGACACGCGGGGGCGGGAACGGAGCGGCCAGGCCUGGACGGAUGUCCGGCGCGCAAACUUCCCGGUGAAGCGGCGCUGUCGGAGCGGAUUACGCGCAGAACGGACCCGAACAGCGCUCCGGUGCCGAUGCCAGCGGCAGCCUGUCGCCUGCUCCAUCAUGGCCGGAUCAUGAGGUGUUUGACUUUCCUGCUGCUGCUCCCAGAGGCGCUGAAGAAGUCCCGGAAGCUGCCGGGCAGGCUCCCGGUGUGUUACGACAUCCUCUCGCUGUCCAGCACCAAGAAGAAGCAGAAGGAGAGGAAGAUGGCUGCGGAGCUGUACCCCGCGGAUAACACCAACAACGCCAACCUGGCCAACGGCACCACGGUGGCGGACGCCGAGAAGACCAAGGAGGUGCAGCUGUGCCUGCCGGGCGGCGGCGGCGGGGGCGGCAGCGCCGCCACCACCCCGACCAGCCAGCAAAACAUCAACAACAACAACGUGGAGCCGGCCAGCUGGCAGUGCAGCCACCCCACGCUCAGGGAGAGGAAUGCCUUGAUGUUUAACAAUGAGCUGAUGGCUGAUGUCCACUUCAUCGUUGGGCCCUUGGGGGCCUCGCAGAGGGUGCCAGCACACAAGUACGUGCUGGCCGUGGGAAGCUCCGUCUUCUGUGCCAUGUUUUACAGCGAUUUGGCGGAGGAGGAGUCAGAAAUACAUAUCCCAGAUGUGGAACCUGCUGCUUUUCUAAUUCUGCUGAAGUACAUGUACAGUGAUGAGAUAGACCUGGAGGCAGAUACGGUGCUGGCCACCCUGUAUGCCGCUAAGAAGUACAUCGUCCCGGCACUGGCCAAGGCCUGCGUCACCUUCCUGGAGACCAGCCUGGAGGCUAAGAACGCCUGCGUGCUGCUCUCCCAGAGCCGGCUGUUCGAGGAGCCGGAGCUGACACAGCGCUGCUGGGAGGUGAUCGACGCGCAGGCAGAGCUGGCGCUGCGCUCCGAGGGUUUCUGUGAGAUCGACCUGCUGACGCUGGAGAUCAUCCUGCAGAGGGAAACGCUCAACACCAAGGAGGUGGUGGUCUUUGAGGCCGUUAUGAGCUGGGCCGCAGCUGAGUGCAAAAGACAAGGUUUGGGGCCCACCACCCGCAACAAAAGGGAGGUGCUGGGCAAGGCGCUGUUCUUGGUGCGCAUUCCCACCAUGAGUCUGGAGGAGUUUGCAAACGGAGCAGCACAGUCGGAUAUUUUGACACUAGAGGAGACUCUGAACAUGUUCCUGUGGUACACGGCGGCCAAAAAGCCCAGCGUGGACUUCCCCCUGACUCUGAGGAAGGGCCUGGUCCCUCAGCGAUGCCACCGCUUUCAGUCCUCGGCUUACCGGAGCAAUCAAUGGCGCUACCGCGGCCGGUGUGACAGCAUCCAGUUCGCGGUGGACAAGAGGAUCUUUAUUGCUGGUUUGGGUCUGUACGGGUCAAGCGGCGGCAAAGCCGAGUACUGUGUCAAAAUUGAGCUUAAGAGACAGGGGGUGACCCUGGCCCAGAACCUGACCAAAUUUGUGUCGGACGGGUCGAGCAGCACGUUCCCCGUGUGGUUUGAGCAUCCUGUCCAGGUGGAGCAGGACGCCUUCUACACGGUGAGCGCCGUGCUGGACGGCAACGAGCUGAGCUACUUCGGGCAGGAAGGCAUGACAGAGGUGCAGUGUGGGAAGGUGACGUUUCAGUUCCAGUGCUCCUCUGACAGCACCAACGGCACCGGCGUGCAGGGAGGACAGAUCCCUGAGCUCGUGUUCUACGCAUGAGCUGCUCAGGACCGCCCCCCACCCCCAGCCUUCACACUUAUGUAGCAUUAAGGACACCUGAGGAGCGUUACAGUCAAUGACUUACUUUUCCAAGAGACUAUUUUAAAAGUGGAGCAGCCGUCGUCUUAUCUUAUUUAACUUAUUUUUUUAUUAUUAAUAUUUAAAUGCGGAUUUAACUGUAUUCUUUGUUUGUGAAGAGCCGCUGCUGGAACUACAGUAACACAUCCAUUACAUAAUCAUCUGAGCUCUGGAGCAGAACGCACAGCAGCGCUUUGGCAUGUGUGAGUCGGUGUGUGAUGGACGCUUUUGUAAAAUACCGGUUAACGGCCGACAGCUUGAUGCUGCUCAACGACACGUGUUCUGUAUGAGAAUGCUGACAAUAAAAACAUGCAGGUUAUAGCCAACAAAGACA